CAUGACACCGCGUACCACACAAAACGCGAUAUUAUACAGUCAACGCUCUGAAAUAGACGCGUCUUACUUGCUGAUAUAACAGCUUGACGUCUACCUAUCAGAAAACAUAUAAAUCAAAGGGCUUGCUUCAAGUUCAUACACCUAAACAUUCAUUGCAUUCGAUCCAAGCAAUUCUCGAAUUCACACAAUAUGGCCACUCCAAGCUCAAUCCCUUAUCCUGUUGUGCCUAUCAAGGAAGAAGAUGCAGAUUUGUUCAAGAGCGUUGUGAAAUACGUUCAUGAAUACAUGUCUCAGCCUGGACACGACAACUCCCACGAUUUCCUUCACAUCCUGCGGGUCGUUUCCAAUGCCAACCGCAUUUUGGAAGCAGAACUCAAAGCCAACCCAGCCCAGAAAUACGACACCUCGGCUCUCUUCCUUGCAGCCCUUCUUCACGACGUUGGAGAUCGGAAAUAUGCGAAGCCCGGUGAAGAUGUCGAGCAACAGAUAUCAAGGGUCUUGGUAGAGCUAGGAGCCCCGGAGCAUCUUGCAUUGAAGGUCCAGGCAAUCGCAAAACAUGUCAGCUACAGCGUGGAAACGAAAAAGCCGGAAGCUGUCAAAGAGGUUUUGCUGGAGCAUCCCGAGCUAGCUAUUGUGCAGGACUCCGAUCGCCUCGAUGCAAUUGGUGCCAUUGGUGUCGGAAGGGCCUUUUCUUAUGGCGCUGCGAAGUGUCCAGAUAAGCCUAUGUCAAGGGCAGUAGAUCAUUUUACCGAAAAACUGUUCAAAUUGGAGGGCAUGAUGAAGACCACUACGGGGCGUGAAUUGGCACAAGCGAGGCACAAGAUUCUGGAAGAUUUUGCUGUACAGUUCAGACAAGAGUCUGAAUUAACUAUCACUUUGCAAUGACUGUAACAGUUGGGGUACCUGAUACAGGGCGUGAGCCGCAUGACACGGCUCCAUUUUCGCGGUGAGGGGACCAAGCAUCCUGCAGCAACUUAAAACAUCAUCACGCUUCAGAUGCAAGAGAUUCCUCAAUAGUAACAAACCUUAUGCCUCGACACUAGCACGUUCAAACAAGAUGCGAGAGCUCUCUCAGUAAUUCACUCACAAUUUGAAUGAUGUAUGAUAGCAAGCUUUACUGUUAACUUCUUCCUCCUCCAAUUCAAUUUUCCUCUUGCUCC